AUGAGUAGCGAUCUUCGAAAGUGGGUGUUCUACCCCAAAGAUGUUGAAGGCGCCAGAGAAGAUAUAUUGAGAUAUCUUCAACUCUGGAUCUAUGGGAAGGUCAUAUAUUUUGAUGGUUGGUACGGGAUUGGAGCAUCUGCUGUUCUUAGAUCCAUAGCACAAGUGCUUCCAUCUAGGAGAACCACUCCAAGACUACGCUUUGAUAGAAUAAUAUAUAUCGAUUGCUCAGAGUGGAAAAGUUCAAGAGAAAUGCAGAUGGUAAUUGCAAAUGAUUUGGGACUUGACCGCUCAGUAAUGGCAAUUUUUGACAAGAAGGAUGAGGAGGAUGACUUUAAUGGAGUGGACCAAGGCUCGAGGGAUGUGAUACAAAGUGUUGCAGCAGUGAUUUUUCAAACCCUAGCAAGUAAGAGAUUUAUGAUAAUUUAUCUUAACGGGACUGAUGAUGAAGUUGACAUAACAAGAUUCGGUAUUCCUCAAAUUACCGAGUUUGGGAACAAUAUGGUGAUAAUGACCAUGAAAAAAAGGUUUCUGACCAUCCAUUACAGCCAUUCUAAGGUAGCAGACAAGCUAAGAGAUACUCAUAUUUUCUUUUUCUUCCAUUAUCCAAUCAAUGAAUUAUCUUGGUCACAGUUUUGUGGGCUGCUGCAUCAAGAAGCUGCUAUCAUAGUUGCUCGCAACCCAUGUAUGCUGGACAUCAACCCAACAAUUGUUGCAGAUUGUUGUCUCUAUGAGUUAUUCUUGCAUUAUAAUUUCCACAGGGCCACUAAUUCUGGCUGGGUUGCUCACGCUUCCAACUAUUGGGUAUGUGAUGGGAUCAUACAAGGGGACAAAGCAAGUGAUAUUAGUAAUGCAUUGCAUCGAGAGAUAAAUUGGAAGUGUGAUGCUUCUCCUCUUGAUGCUCUUCUUAAAAUGAUCAUGAAACAUUCACAACCUCGUUUUCUGGUAAUUAAGGAUGAUGAUGUCUAUAAAGAAGGCCCACACCGUUGGAUUUCAGUCGUGUCGAGAGAUGCAGAAGUACAUGGAAUGAAAGCAAUACCUGCAGAGGCAUCAUCUUUCUUCUUGGCAUUUGAAAUAUCAAAUCCCCCAACAGCUUUACCAGGUGGAUUUUUUGAUUAUUGCAGCAAGCUUGGCGUGUUGAUGCUCUAUUGUUGUGCGUUCAAUUUUACUUCACCUUCUUUCCUGAAGUGUCAUGGCCUGAGAUUCCUUGGACUGGACCAUUGUAUAGAUGACAAAACUAUUGGAAGAGAGAAUCAUACAGUUUGGAUAUGUCUGUAUAGCUUGUGGGUGUUGGACCUGCGUUACACAGAUUGGAAUGAAAUCUUAUCUAAGGAAAAGUUAAAUCUCAUGAAAAAUAUCAGAGAGCUAAAUAUAGAGGGAGUCAGGGGCUGGAAGUACACCGUUGAGCUACAAGGGUGGUUACCUAACCUCCAGAGGCUCAGAAUAAUCAAACCAACGUGUCAAUGGGAAACCUCACACGAUUUUGAUAACUCCUUUACAGAUAAGAAAAGCAUGGAAAUACUUGACUUGUCUGGCAAUUGUGACAUGAAAAUUCUUCCACCAAGCCUAUCGAAGGCAACUAGCCUGCGGUUGCUUGUACUUGAUGGUUGUGAUGGACUGGAAAGCAUUGGGGGUCUUCCUCCCUCCCUUGAAUCCUUUAGCUUUAAUGGAUUUGGGCCAGCUUUUCAGUGGACACAAACUGUUGAGCUACCUCCAAAACAAUUCCGUCCAUCCACCAUAAUAGAUAAUAAGGAUGUCAGGAUAUCCAAGAUCUCCUUAGCAGGCUGCACACAGCUGAAGAAUUUGUUCUUGUGUUGGCUACCCAACCUAGUGGAAUUGGACCUCUCUGGAACAGCAAUCAAGAUACUUGACUUCAAGACUAUGGUGGUGCAAAUCCCAAAGCUCAAGCGGCUGUUUCUAAUAGGAUGCAAGCACCUGCGUGCAAUAACCUUUUUGCGCGAGAGUGUUCCUGACCUGGAGUUGUUUUGCUUAGACACGCGACAUGGAGUUGUGUGUCCUCGACCAUCCAUCAGCAAAAACAGACCUUCUGGGUUGCAGAUACAUGUUGUUGUUGUGGAUGCGAGGCUUACUCACUCCUUGCGGGAUUUGAUCUUUAUUAUUAGACAAGGUAAUGUCCAUUUUAGUAUCCACGUCACCUCCUCACCUCUGUAUGAUAGGAUUACUCAAUUUGAAGAAACCAGCAAGGAUAUGAUUGGCCCCAUUGAUCAAGAGAGCCUGCAGCUUAUUCCAGCAGGCCGGUACAGUGUAGUCAUUGGGAUGGUUGGCACUGCCCCAAUGCAAACCUUUCCACAGCCUCCUGCUACAAACUUUGAUCGGCAUGUAGAAAUCGCUGAAGGGAGCUUAUAUGUGGAGAGAGAACUUGAUGAAGCACUUGGCCCACUGAUGGGAAGUCAUGCGGAAUCCCUACAUGUGCAUGAUGUCAUGGUACGGGCUAUUGUGCCUCAAGCCCGUCCGUGGGAAGUGCUUAGGUGGUGCUGUGUGGAGAGGUGCCCAAAAGUGGAUACCAUCUUCCCUGGGAAUUCAUACAAAUUUACUGCAUUGGAGACCUUCUGGGUGUCGGAUCUCCUAAUGGCCCGCUCAAUUUUGAGUAAAGUUUCACGCCUUAAUCGAUAUGGCAGUACUGGAUCCUUCCAAAAUUUACAGCACCUUCAGCUGCGUUCAUGCCCCAGCCUCCAGUUUGUGCUCCCUUUGUGGGUCUCCUCCUUCCCCAGCUUGGAGACCCUCCACAUCAUCCACUGCGGCAACCUCAGCCACGUCUUCGUACAGGACGAAAAAUACCCUAAAGAAAUGACUACCUUUGGUGUACUAUUCCCGAAGCUGGCGACCAUCCACCUGCACGACCUCCCGAAGCUGCAGGAGAUAUGCGAGGUCGAGAUGGUGGCCCCUGCGCUUAAGAGCCUCAAGAUCAGGGGAUGCUGGAGCCUGCGCAGGCUGCCAUCCGUGGGUGCCCGUGGCCGUGGCGAGAAGAAGCCGGCCGUCGAGAUUGAGAAGGACGUGUGGGACGCUCUAGAGUGGGAUGCCAGUCACCGCCCUGACCACUUCGAGGCGCCGGUCCACUCGCGCUACUACAAGGAGAAGCUGCCCAGGGUGUCCGUCCUCAGGUAUGUCGCCUAG